UAUCACUUCCGUCUUCAGCCGGCUGUCAGCUGUGAAGUAAUCUCAAAAGCGUGAUCACAAAAGGGCGCGUGACCAUGAGCGAGCAUAUCUCGAGGUAGACACAGUCGUCUGCAUCAACGUCCACGAGGUCGACCUUCAGUUGGCCAGUAAUUUGACCGUGCCACAACGAAAUGGACAUCCUUCUUCGACCGGUCUCAUUACAUAAUGCCAAUGUAUUGUGGUUUCUAUAGAACCUAGACGAUCGGCGCGUGCCAACUGCAGGUCAAGUGGAAUUAAUUAGUCACGACAAGGUAAACUGCUCACACAGUAAAGAUGGCCGGACAGUCAUUGCUGAAGAAGUUGACUCCAACCACAACCAAACAAGGUAUCCCGAAGCUGUUUCACGAGCCUCAUGUGGAGACCGGGUUCCGCCACAUGCAUCAACCCUGGGCCUACUACUGCCUCAGCUUCCUCCAGAUCCACAACGAAUGUAUGAACUGUUGGACACAUCUACUGGCCCUCAUCGUAACAUUGGUACGAGUCGGCGUCUUCUGGAAAGAGUUCGAUCUCAUCGGUGACCAGUACAUGUGGCCGUUGUCUGCCGGUCUCAUAACCAUGGUGAUAUUGUACAUCUGCAGUACAUGUGCACAUUGUUUUUCAAACAAAUCGGAACUUAUCCAUUAUACGUGUUUCAUGGUCGACUAUGCGGGUAUUGGACUCUAUGGCCUAGGGAGCGUCAUCCUCCACCAUUCAUAUUGCUUUCAUGACAGUCUCCUGAACAGUGCAUUGGACGUGUACUCUGUUCUCGUCGGAGUCUUAUUGAGCAUUUUGGUUUGUGUUUGUUGUUCAAUUUCUAAAACGCGUUACUCCCGUCCGUAUCCUUUCGCACGUCGGAUAUGGCAGCUGAGUUCUGUAUUUGCUGUGUAUAUCUGGCUGAUAUUUCCAGUGUGGCAUCGGGUCAUGCUGUACUAUAUGGGCCAGGAACCAUGGGAUGACGGCAUGGGACAUCAUGUUCAACAAAUGAUGUGGUUCUUCUCUGGGGGAUUCUUUUUCGGAUCAGAUAUACCACAGCGGUUGUUUCCGGGUAAAUUUGAUUUCUUCGGUCACAGCCAUCAGAUCUUCCAUGUUUGCAUAAUGAUGACCUCUUACAAGCAGCUUGAUGGCGUCUAUCAAGAUAUUUUACGACUACAACUCUCAGGAAAUUUGAAGAAAUUGCCCCCACCAACGUUCAACAGUACCUUUGGAGCGGUUUUGUUUGUGAUAUGUGCGAAUCUGAUCAGUGUGUGCAUCUUCAGGAAAAUUGCUGACUGGAAAAUUAAGAGUGAUCGUGAAAUGGAGAAAACUGUCACAAAUGGAAAUGGAAAAUGUUUGUAAAAUUAGUUAGAAAGUAGUGUUUGCAUAGAUCCUUCAUUUAAAAAUUGGUAGGUAUAUUUGUGAAGUUGUACUUUAGAAAAAGAAUAGUGUACAUUAUGGAAUUUCUAAUGGAAGUGUUUACAAGUCCCGAGUAAUCUGAGACAGGGAAUGUUUUGAUAGAAAAGUUAUGUCGAAUAUGUAGGUCUCAAUUAGAUUGUUAUUACUAUAUUCUUUGUGAAUAUGUUGAAUGAUUUGGUGUGAUUUAGUUUGAAUUGAUAAUUGUGAAUGAAUGAUAUGUGUUAUAGUGGAGUUUGUUUUAAUUUUAGUCAGUGUACUAAGAGAAUCAUUUCAUAUUCAUGUAAGUACAAGCUCAAAAGAAACCUUUACUUGAACAUUUUCUAACUUAUUGUUGAUAUAAUAUGCACUGCGAUCAGAUUAUUUAUAUAUUAUGUUGUAUUAAGGCG